AUGGCGGACUCGGAUUGGGGUUUGCUACCCGAUGAAGCUCUGGCUGCUGCCGCCGGUUCACAACCCCAUAUCUACGGCGAGAGCAGUGGUGCGCAAUCACAGCCAAACUACCUCGACUACCUGCAGCUACCGGACGUCAGCUCUGCUAUCCGCCGCAGCAUAUCCGCGGGUAAUGAGGUUGAGAGCCGAUUCUCGGUCGAUGCACUUGGCGCACUCCCAAGGGCUGACUACCCUAACAUUCGCCAGCUCAGUGAGGCGGUAUUCAGUCUUGUUGAGAAGCGACUUGAGCUUCGUGGGAUCAAGUCUGAGAGGCUGAAGGAAUACACGCAAUGGGCGCUUCCUAUUUCUAUAUUUUCACCUGGCUUGGAUUUAUCGGCGAGCUUGAGGAAAAACAACGUUGAGCUUGAGGACGUUGAGUGGACUAUUCGGUACUGCGGUACCACUAAUGGCGAGGCGUGGGACCGCCACACAGGCGACAUGAACAAGAGCUCAAGCACGGCUCACACAUGGUUCUUACAGUUCUUGAAAGUGGUUUCCGAGGAGUUUCCUCACAUCAUCGACGGUAUCGAGAUCGAUGUUGUGCCUUCAACCGUUCUCUCUAAGCUCGUCAGCGCGGAUCACGACCUCCGUGAACAAUAUCUCAUCAGCAUGUGUGGUGUCGGCGCCAUGAAUAUGCAAGCCGGGGGAAGCAACAUCCCUUGUCCACAGUACAUGCGCGAGUCUGUCGUGAACUACGGCAAAGAGGUCCAAAAUUAUGCGAAAAACAACUCUGAGUCCACCGGCACGGACAAGCGACCAUUUACCUCCAAGCUCCGUGAUUGCAUUAUCAAGCAAGCCACACCUGCUGUUGUUGGACCACUUCAAUGCGCAUUGGUCACGACGAUCGGAUCCGAUAUUGGUCCAGACAGUCAUGAAGAUAGCACGUUCUACGCCAGCGGCCGAAGAUCCGCUGAUAUUGUCAAUCAAUGCUUCGACAAUCUCAGGAACUGGGAGUCCGCUGUUGAAGGCCCGCUUGCGUCUGGCACCUCGCAGACAAACCUUGGCUCUGGUGACGCAUAUUUCACCUUCGGUGAUAUCUUUGCCUGGCCCAAGAAGGACAAGGAAGACUACACUGAGGCUGGAACGUUACUCAAAUCGUACCUUGCAGCGACGCAGCCCUUGAUCAUCUUUACUUAUGGCGCGUUACCAACCUACUUCGCUCUUGACUCGUUUGGUGAUCUUACUCAAGCGGGAUACCACAAGAACCAACGUACCGAGAACUACCAGACUACAGACUGGAAUACGGCAAAGAGGGUUAGAAUUAUAUGA